CUCUCUCUGUCUGUCUCUCUGUCUGUCUGUCUGUCUGUCUGUCCAGUAAAUUACAGCAUUCCAGUGUAUUAUUAUUAUUUAGUCUUUGUCUUUUAGUUUCCAGUUCAUUCAUUGCUUGGAUUUCUGUUUCAUCUUUGUGUGUUAGUUUUCAUGAAGAGGGGGGACUGUCCCGUGGUUUGGACAGUUUCUAGACUCUCGGCGUGUUUUUACAGAACUCAAGUUGCACUUUUACAGCUGGCUCUUCACGAGGCCGGCCGGUGCGUCAGCGAGGACAGAGAGGGAAUUAAAACAGCUAUGUGACUCUCGGAAGAGGGAGUCCUCUUCUGCUGGUAACCAGUUCCACCACUGAGGGAUCAGCUUAUUAAAUACCAAUCUGUGGAAGUGUUUAACUGUUAAAUAAAACCCCCAAAUACACACACACACACACACACACACACACACAAUUAUAAUAAAGCAAACGGAGGACAUGACCUCAGUCUGAUCAAUGUUAAUCCUGCGCUCAUGCGUGUGAUUGUACAUUUCUGGAGUAUUUAGCUUAAUGUAGCGCUGCUGUCACCAGUGUGGAUGGGAAGCUAGCCUUGUCCCACAGAGCUGACAGGUGUUGAGAUGUUCGGCCACUAGAUGGCGACACUAAACCACUGGACUGCAGGACGGCUUCAGGUUAGUCAGCACUGAUCAGGAGAGACUGCUGUGUACUUGUGUUCAGUGAAGCAACAGCAGCCUCCGGCGGCACAUUACAGCACUGUCUUUAAAUCAGACACCACAGUUUGAACAAAAGGCAAAUUACUGAACUUAUCACAAUCAUUUCAUUCAAAACAGAUCAAUAAAUACAAAGUACCCAAUUAUAAUCCUAAAAUAAAAUACAAAAGGCUAAUACCUAAUAGAUAAAUAGAGUUCUGUGAUGUUUGGCAGCAUGAUUUCAACGUGUUUUAGACUCUUUUCUACUGCUUUCACAGAAUCCAUGUCAGCAGAAACAGAAAAGCUCUUAAGAUCAGCUAACAGUCAUGAAGCUAACAUAUCAGCUAGGCUAAGCUAAGCUACUAGGGUUCCUGCUCCAGCUAAGCUAACAAGGCAACGAGCUAACUGAGCAUGUGAGCAGUAACUUCUCUCAGACUGAAGCUACUUUAGGAGCUAAAAUACUUGCUGAGGAGUCGGACACAAACAUUUUUUUCAGGAGUUUUUCCAGACACGAUGUUUCCUGCUCUUCCUCCUCGUCACCACCAAUUACAUUAAUCCAGUCAGAGCAUCUUAACUCCUCACAGCCGAGAGUCAGGCAGUAACAGGUGGCUGGGACACCUCCUCCUCCUCCUCCUCCUCCUCCUCACAGUCAAACACUCUGACUGUUUCAGCUCUGACCGGCUGCUCUUUCCUCCCAGCUCGGUUCGGUUUUGGUUUGGUGUUAUGAAGCUGCCUCACAGUUCGGUGGGCUAACAGACCCCAGCGACUGGGCUGCCAGGCUGCCAGGUGGCGGGGGGGAAGGGGGGGCACUGGGAAGAAGAAGUGCUGGAGAGGAAAGAAGGCAGGAAGACAGGAAGACUGUGUGGACUGUGAACCUGCUGCCACAAACAAACACCAAAGACUCAGCAGAGGACGGCGAAGGAUGGGAGCCGCUUAUGGAAAGAAGAAGGCAUACAGCAUCGACCACGAGCCUCCACCGAAGCAGCAGUGUGUGAAAAAUGGAAAGCACCCAAAUGGCAGAGCCUCAGCGUAUGCAGACCUGCAGCAGCACCGGUCUGAGGGCACCCACAGGAAACCGUCCCCAGUGUCCAGCUACGUCCCCCAGCCUGACUACCUGGAGGGAGACGAGGACGAAGACCUCAUCAAACCCAAGAAACUGGUGAAUCCUGUCAAAGCUUCAAAAAGUCACCAAGAGCUUCACCGAGAGCUGAUGAGCAGCUGCAAACGGGGAGGGGUGAGUGUGGAGGUGAAGCCGGAGCUGCAGAGAGUUCUGGAGUCGAGAAAGAGAGAUCAGCUGAUCAAACAGAGGAAACAGGAGGACGAAGCUCGCAGGAAGAUUUCUCCUCUGGAGGCCGAGCUGCUCAAGAGACACAGGAAGCUGGAGGAGCUGGAUAAAGAGCAGGAGAAAGAGCAGGAGGAAAACCUGAAAGCUCCAGAAUUCGUUAAAGUGAAGGAAAAUCUGAGACGGACGUCGUUUCACAGUAAAGAGGAGAAGGAGGUGUAGAGACAAAGCUGCUGUCCUGCAGGAGACAGCGAACUGAGAACCAGACUGUCCACAUGUUUACAAGACACACUGAGGACACUGACACUCUGAGGACACACUGAGGACACAGACACACUGAGGACAAAGACACUGAGGACACUAUGAGGACACCAACACACUAUGAGGACACAAAGACACUGAGGACACUCUGAGGACACACUGAGGACACCAACACACUGAGGACACUGACACUCUGAGGACACAAAGAAACUGAGGACACUCUGAGGACACCAACACACUCUGAGGACACAAAGACACUGAGGACACUGACACUCUGAGGACACAGAGACACUGAGGACACUCUGAGGACACCAACACAAUGAGGACACA